AUGAAAUAUUUACUGCUACUCGCCUUUGCUACCACUGCCUCCGCCAUCAACCUUAUUGGUAGGACUCAAUCGACUGCGGUUCGAGGAAAACUGACAUGCAAUGGGAAGCCAGCCGCCGGCGUUCGUGUAAAACUUUAUGAUUCUGACAACAGUAUUCUGCCCGGAGUUGUCGAUACCGAUGACUUGAUGGCGUCAGGAAAGACUGACUCGAAUGGCGAAUACAAUCUAUCCGGUAGCACGAAAGAAAUCACAGGAAUCGAACCCUAUCUUGCUAUUUACCACGAUUGCAACGAUGGUAUCAAGGUUGAAUCAGCUAAAACCUUUGACCUUUUGAUUGUUGUUUUUGCCACCAUUACGCUCAGUAUCGAAAACAACUUGAUUGAAUGGAUUGAGGAUAUCAGUAUGCGUUGUAUACUUAUUUGUGCCAUCGUAAGCUAUGCAGCUGCCGUGGAGCUAUUCGGAAGAGAUCAGUCAUCUGCAGUGAAAGGCAGGCUAAUGUGCGAUGGAAGACCAGCUGUUGGUGUCAAAGUUAAACUAUGGGACGUCGAUCGAACGGAUAUGGAUGAUCUGAUGGACGAGAAAAUAACCAACUCGAAUGGCGAAUUCAGUUUGGCCGGCUGGACCAAGGAAUACACGACGAUCGAUCCGAAACUCAGUAUCUACCAUGACUGUAAUGACGGGAUCAAGCCCUGCCAACGGAAGUUUUCCAUCCUGAUCCCUGACAGCUAUGUAAGCCAUGGCAAGGUGCCAAGGAAGGUAGGUACUCUAAAAUUUCCUUUAAAAAUCAAUCUCGAAAACAUAGGGCGACCCUAUUCGAUUGAACUUAACAAAACGUCAACUAUCAAGGGUCGAUUCAAUUUGUUCACUGAAUGA